CCGAACCGAAGUUUUAAUACCUAUACAUAAAUACCCUUAACUGAUAACUUGAAUCAUAUGCACAGGCACCCGUGAACUACCGGCAAGACUGAUUGGCGAUUACAUAUGAAAAAGAUAAUGGAAAAGGCAAUUAUAUCCGGAUUAACAUUUUUCUUCAUCGUAAUUUUAUAUAUCGAUGGCGGCCUUUGUGUGUGUUUGAAUAGCACACACUUCAAAAUGACAGGUACUUCCAACACCAUUAUCAACAAUAAUUGGUUCUUCAAUUGCACCGGUGCCAAAUUCUUGGACAUGUCCAACAACCAAUUUAUUAAAGUGGGGAAUGAAUCAUUCGACACAUUGUGGAGAAUUCAAGAGCUAAAUCUCGGCUAUAACAACAUUUCUGUGAUAGAGCCGGAAGCUUUAGCUAUUAUGCGUAGCCUGGAACAUCUCUACAUUGAUCAUAAUGAACUAGUUGAGCUUCCAUUGGACUUCUUUAUCAACAAAAACAACUUGAUCUCUGUUGAUCUCUCAUACAAUAACAUUACACAUAUUCCUCUGGCAGUGUUUAACUACAGUAUGAUAAAACUUGAUAGAGUAUUACUUCACCACAAUCAGAUUACAGCAUGUGAACCCUGGGCUUACGUUAAACAAGCUAUACGACUUGUAGACGUAAGGUAUAACCAAGUGUCAACAUUCACCAAUGACGCUAAUUGGACAUACACGUCCAGAACGGUUUAUGACGAGGCAUCAACAGACCUGCGAUAUAACUUAAUCACCGACUGGCGAGACUCGUAUUUACAACAGUACAAAUCACCUUCUGUAGAAAGUUCUGGAAUUGAAACAUUACUGGUUGAGCUAUUACCAGACAUUCGUGAAAAUCCAUUUAAGUGCGACUGUUAUACUCAUCAUUUGGUAAAACGUGUCCGGGCGUCAUUUUUCAGGUGGUCAAACAGCGAGUAUCUUGACAUAACAUGUUAUAAUCCUCCAAACUUACGAGGGAAACGUGCUUUCUAUGACGUGGCCCUCACUGAACUUGUUUGUAACAUAACGAAUGAUUGUCCUGCAGGGUGUCUAUGCCAAGACAGACCAGAAGAUGGCAUACUGAAUGUUGACUGCGGCGAUUUAAAUAUGACUGUUAUGCCAACAGUUUUACCAGUAAGUCCAUACAAUGACAUCCAUGUGCAAUUGGGAAACAAUGAAAUCAAUCAACUAUCGAACGUAACUUACUUACAGUACGUUACAAAUUUGUCAAUGCCUAGUAAUUUCCUUACCGAAAUCCCUGACUUUGUCAUGGACGAAUUGGCAAGAAAGAAAAAUGCUAUGGUUGACUUCCGAAACAACUCGCUCACAGUGAUCCCAAAAGGAGCGCAAAAUAUAAAGUUCGAAAACACCCAGUUUCAAGGAAAUAAUCUUGAGUGUUCAUGUGAAAUGCUCUGGAUGGUAGAAUGGAUCAAUCUGGCACCUAGAUACGCCGAUAAAAGUCUAAGCUGUAAACUUGAUGGAAAAGUGUACAAAAUAACCGAUCUUAAUGAAGAUAUUUUGGAAUGCAAUGAAAUUGACAGUGUCAUUCUCAUUGUCAUACUAUCCCUCGUUCUUGUUGUUGUUAUUGCAUUGUUGAUUACCGCUAAACGAUGUCCCUACGAGACGAAAGUGCUUAUAUUCAAAAUAUUUCGUAUUCACCCAUCUGAUAAGUACGAAGUGGACAAUAACGCCGACAAAUCAUAUGACAUGUAUGUGUCGUUUGAUGAUGACGAUCCCUACGUCACGCAAUGGGUCAAAAAGGUUCUGUUCAAACAACUGGAGGAAAAGAAGCCUAGAUAUAAGUUAAGUGUUUACCAAAGAAAUGGUCCACCUGGCCCAGAAGCUGAUUCCAGAUUACAACUUAUUGAUGAAAGCAAACGUCUUUUAAUAAUUCUAAGUGAAAACUAUGAGAAUCAUACGUGGUGUGAGUACGAGCUUUGCCAUUCUGAAACAUUAGAGCAAAACGAAGGACGAAUCAUAUAUUUACUGUAUGAUAAGGUGGCAGAGGAAAUUUCGAAGAAAGAGCCAUGGUUAUCUAAAAUGAAAGACAGAAAAGUUUUCAAGUUGCAUGAGAAAAUGUUUUGGUCAAAAAUUCGAUACGAGCUUCCUAUGAAACGUAUUUCUAAUAAUAAGCCCAAACCAGUGCGACAACCAGAAUAUGCAAACAUAAACGUAUAAACUAACUAUGGCAUUCUUGCAAACAGCUUAUUGGUUAAUCGUUUGUCGCUGUUUUCCUGUCGCUGCUUGAGUCUUAAUUAGAUACACGUAUUUUGCAAAAGAUUAAAACUGGUUUGUAAAUUCAUGUAGUUUUUACUUUGGUUAAGAUUUAAGAAUCGAUCAUAGGAUGAAAACCAUUACUUAUUUCAAUUCAUUAUUAUAUGUGACUGUCCGUAAAAAAGCAAUAUUAUAUGUGUUGCAUGCUAUACCAACAAACUGUAGGAUACGUUUGAAACACUCAAUAAAUAUAUCAUUGUGCUUUAUAACCUUUUCCCCUUUAAUUAUGUUUCUGAAUUGAUAUGAUUUAUGAAUAGAUUGUCGUCCAUAAAACAGUUGUCAUUGACAUGGUUUACAGUUUUAGAUGUUUCACAUUAGCUUUAGUUAUUGCCAUUUUUGUGUGUGGAAUGAGUAUUGCUCCUAAAUAUAUACCCUUAAUUUUAUUUUUUUAGAUAUACAUAGAUAAUAUAUUCAUUUAUAGUUACAUUAGGGAAGGAAUUACUAAGCUUUCUACACAAAAAAAAAAACACAAAAAACAAUCGGCAGAACGAGUCGCUAGUAUACGGGUUCUCCUUGAUGCACUGCAAAUGCGCAUGCUUAUGUUUUCAUUAUUAUUAUUUCAUUUUUGUUUGUUUGUAAUAUUAAUGUAUUCCUUUCCUGUCCUAUUAUUAUUAUGUAUAUAAUGUGUAGCAAACUAGAAUGUAUGUAUGUUACCUAAGUAUAAAUGUACAUAGUGUAUAUAGAUUGUGUUUUCUUACUUUCCCAGAUGAGCGUUAUGACCAAUAUCGCUUCAUCUAGGCGAAGAAGAUAAUUUAUACGAGGGUGACUCAAUAUGUAGUCAAUAUGUAAUGCAAUAUGAUCAAUAAAUAUAACAGAAGAGUAAA